ACCAGUUUAAACCUAGCUGCUCCACUUCAUCCGCACCCUGAGAUUCCUCUGCGCCUGCUAGGGUUUUUGCUUCCUUCAAACCAAAUCAUGGGGCACUCCAACGUGUGGAACUCUCACCCUAAGAACUACGGCCCUGGAUCGCGCACCUGUCGCGUGUGUGGAAACCCUCAUGGGUUGAUCAGGAAGUACGGUCUCAUGUGCUGCAGGCAGUGCUUCCGUAGCAAUGCCAAGGAAAUUGGCUUCAUUAAGUAUCGUUAAGUAGCUGACCUUCAACGUCCCAGGACUUGAAGUUUUGGCCCAAGAAUCGUCAGAGUAGUUGUUUCUGAGUUGUCAUGAACUCCAAGAAGAUAUUUUUGUUUUAGCUGAUUUGCUGUUGAACUUGAAUUGGUGGUCAGACUAUGAAUAUUGUGUUAAUGAAUUAAAGUUUGAUUUAUGUUCUCUUUUGUUGUGGCUG